CAACAAGAUGGCGGCGUAGUGUGUGCGGCCUUCAGUAUUCUCUGUGUCAUCGAGAGAUAAAGCCGGGAUCAGCAGCAGCAACAGCACCAGUUCUUUAAGUCGCAGAGUGAGACUGACAGCAACGAAAUGCCACAGAACGAAUAUAUUGAAUUACAUCGUAAGCGAUAUGGCUAUCGCUUGGACUACCAUGAGAAGAAAAGGAAGAAGGAGAGCCGUGAAGCUCAUGAGCGAUCCCACAAAGCCAAGAAAAUGAUUGGUCUGAAAGCCAAAUUGUACCAUAAACAACGCCAUUCAGAAAAAAUACAGAUGAAGAAGACCCUGAAAAUGCAUGAACAGAGAAACACAAAACAGAAGAAUGAUGAGAAAACACCAAAAGGGGCGGUACCAGCCUAUCUGCUUGACAGAGAGGGCCAGUCGCGUGCUAAAGUUUUAUCCAACAUGAUCAAACAAAAGAGAAAAGAGAAAGCUGGUAAAUGGGAAGUACCUUUACCAAAAGUCCGUGCCCAAGGAGAAACUGAAGUUCUGAAAGUGCUUCGCACAGGUAAACGGAAGAAGAAAGCUUGGAAGAGAAUGGUUACUAAAGUCUGCUUUGUUGGAGAUGGAUUCACUAGGAAGCCUCCUAAGUAUGAAAGAUUCAUCAGACCUAUGGGGUUACGUUUUAAGAAGGCACAUGUAACUCAUCCAGAGCUCAAGGCCACUUUCUGUUUACCUAUACUUGGUGUUAAGAAGAACCCGUCAUCACCUUUAUAUACAACGUUAGGGGUUAUUACUAAAGGUACUGUCAUUGAAGUAAAUGUAAGUGAGCUUGGCUUAGUCACACAAGGAGGCAAAGUUGUCUGGGGUAAAUAUGCACAAGUAACAAAUAAUCCAGAAAAUGAUGGCUGCAUUAAUGCAGUUCUGUUAGUUUAAUCCAAAGAACACAGAACUAUGACAUGAAUGUUAACGGACUUGAGCAUAAUGUCAACCUUUAUUUUGUUACCCAGUCAAACUGGAAGAUCAGAGUAAGACCACCUGACCAUGUUUGAUUUUUUUUUCUCUCUCUGGAUCUUGAAUCAGAACAGCAUUUUGUACUUCUGUAUUUUUGUUAUUUAUGAAUCACAUUAAAAUAAUGAAAGCCAUGAAAGAAUAAACAGAACAGUCUUUCAAUUUCA